AUGAUUGAAAAAUUACCAACAAUCUCACUUUGUGAAUCCACUCUUUUAGAAUAAAAUCUUCUUUCAUCAUAGUUAUCUAAUACUGAGAAAAAAGGUUGUAGUAGAUUUUAAUUUAUUAAAUGUGAAUUAGAAGAUAAAUAAAAUUAAGCCGAGAAUAAUAGAAAUAGGAUUAAAUAAUAACUAAAAGGUAUAUUAUUUCAUUUAAACAUAGGAAGACUGUAAUUAAUAAUCAAAAAACCUUCAUAUUAUGAAAAGAAUUUAUAGGAAGAACUUAAGGAAUUAGGCAAAAAACUAGAUGUUGAAUUUAGUGAUUUAGAUUCUUUAUAUAUUUGUGCUGAUAUUAAGAAAUUUGAUUAAGAAUAUGAGAUGAUGGAAAUUCUUGGAGAAGGUUGUUUAGGUUUAGUAAAAAGGAUUGUAAAUAAACAUACAAAAGAGGAAUAUGCUGUUAAAAUAGUAUAAACAUAAGAUGAUGAAAUUAUUAGAAAUGUAAUUUAAGUAUUAUAUUUAGAUGAUUAUUGAAUUUAAAUCACUAUAAAAAUUAAAUCAUGAUAAUAUUGUGAAAGUUCAUAGAUUAUAUAUUGAUUUUAAUAAUGGAUUUUAAUCUGAAAGUUAAGCAUAUGCUGUAAUGGAAUUAGUAUAAGGAAAAGAAAUGUUUGAAGUAAUUAAUACAUUAGGACAUUAUUCUGAAAGUCUUGCUAAGGAACUAUUCAAAUAAUUAUUAAGUGCUAUUGAAUAUAUGCAUAGAAAUGGAAUUUGUCAUAGAGAUUUGAAACCAAAUAAUAUUUUAUGUGUUGAAAGUAUUAUUAUUAAUUAUAUAUAAGAUAAAAAUUAGAUAAAAGUAACUGAUUUUAAUGUGAGUAAAUUUAGUGAUGCUUAUAAAGAAUUUGGAGAUUUAAAAGAUAGAGAAAAAAUUGAAAUGUGGACUUAUACUGGAACAGUUGCAUUCUCUGCACCAGAAAUAUUCACAGGAGAAGGUUAUAAGUAAUAUUUAUAUUUAUUUAAAUAAAAAGUUAGAUGGUUGAUAUGUGGAGUGCUGGAUGUAUUUUAUAUUCAAUGUUAUCUGGUUAAUUACCAUUUAUUUCAGAAUAGUAAAUUUAUAAUAUAAUUUUUAGUUUAAAUGAUUUGAUAGAAAAGAUUAUAGAAGCUUAAAUUACAUUUCCAGAUGAAUUAUUUAAAUAGAUAUCAAAAGAAGCAAAAGAUCUUGUAUCUUAAUUGCUAUAAAAGGAUUCAUCUUUAAGACUUUAACCUGAUACAGCUUUAAAACAUCCUUGGUUUGAUAAUGGAGUCAUUGAACCAGAAACAGAAACAUUCAUUAAUUUAGCAAUCUCAAACAAUAUACCCAGAUUAUCUUCCAAAUAUUAAAGGAAUAAUUAGAAAUCUAGAAGUAUCCUUUUAAAAUCCACUUAAAAUAUUUUAUCAUCAAAAGUGGAUAAAUCAAAUCUUAUGUAAUCUUAAUUUACUUGCAGUCCAACAAAAUUAUCAAAUAAAAAAAAUAAUUACUUUUCAUAUUCUAUUUGUGAAAGUUAAUUAACUGCUUAAGGUGUAAAUUAAAAUGAAACAACAUCCAUAACAGACUUUGCAAAUUUAUAAUUAAUAAAAAAUGCAUCAAAUAUUAGUGAAGAUCUUUAUGAUCUUUAAAUUGCAAACUUAGAGUAAUUUAUUGUUUACAAGAAAAAUGAAAAUUAAGAAAUACAACAAUGA